AUGGAGACAGUAAAACUUCGUGCCUCUGACGGUCUAACCGUGAAAAUCGACAGCAAAAUUGCUGAACAUAUGAGGUCCAUUCGACUAAUCAUCCACGAGUAUAGCCAAGAUGAAGAAGAAAUAACCAUUUCCUUACCGAAAAUCGAUACGCCACUUCUUUGGAAAAUUCUGGACUGGUGCAUCUACCAUAGGGAUCUUCAGGACGAGCAACAGGAAGAGUGUUGGGCAUAUCGUGAUGAUGCUGAUGAUCUUCUCUAUAUGACGAGGUGGGAGGCGGAUUUCUUGGAUGUCGAUACCAACACUCUCAUCAAGUACAUCAUGGCAGCGUUACAUUUAGAUUUGAAGUGCCUUUUGAGUAAAGCGCGUGCAAUUAUGAGUGCUACGGGAAAGGAAGAUUCAAGCAACAUAUUGAAGGAGUAUCUGGAGCAAAAAUUCUUUCAAUAA